AUGCAUAAAGUCCCCCAGCUGACCAUCCCGUGGGCUAAUAGGGACCUGCAGAGAGCCUGGGAGAAAACCUACCAGGACCAUAGGAAGAAGGUCCAGAAUGCCCAACCACUAGUGGACACCCACCCACCACAGACUUACAGCCAUCUCCACCUAAAGUUCAAGAAGUUGAAGAUGGAGGAAGAGAGACUCUCCAUCAUUGACAGAAACAACUACCUGCUUCUUCAGAGGGUGGCCUCCGCCAUGAAAACCAAGGGACAGACUGAUGGCCAAAAUAACUUCACAGAGAGAAGGUAA